AAAGAUGGCGAAGCAUCAUCCAGAUCUGAUCUUCUGUAGGAAGCAGGCUGGCGUGGCUAUUGGGCGAUUGUGUGAGAAAUGUGAUGGCAAGUGUGAGAUCUGCGACUCCUAUGUCAGGCCAUGCACGCUGGUCCGUAUCUGUGACGAGUGUAACUAUGGGUCCUACCAGGGCCAGUGUGUGAUUUGUGGUGGCCCAGGCGUAUCUGAUGCCUAUUACUGCAAGGAGUGCACUAUCCAGGAAAAAGAUAGAGAUGGAUGUCCAAAAAUUGUCAAUCUUGGUAGCUCAAAAACUGACCUGUUCUACAAGAGGAAAAAGUACAGCUUUAAGAAGAGGUGACCUGAUAGAAUCUUUCAUCUUCUACUGAAUGUGGGGACGCUGCGAUGGCCUUGUGUAGGAUGUUUUAAUGUAACUGUCUCAUAAUAUGGAGUGUGGUAUUUGAUGGCAAAAAUCGAACAGCAUGUGUAGGA